AUGAGUGAAGUGUGGCAAGUUUUUAUUAAAACUGACUGUGGUUUACGUGCCCAAUGUCAAAUCUGUAAAAAGACGUACGCCAAUUCAGGUACAAAUACAACAAAUUUAUGGAAUCACCUUCAGUCCAAGCACAAGUCAAAAUUUAAAGAGUUGGAUGAUCAGCGCAAAGGAUUUUCAGGAUCGCCAUCGCCAUCCUCGUUGUUAGUUAACAUUGAUGAAUUGCCAGUAGUGGUCAAAGAAACUUCCAUAGUAGAAGCUGAAGAGCCCGUAAUAGUACAAAAAAUACAGCCGAAUAGCCCUAAUGAUUUAGGUGAUAUUCACACCGGGCCAUACCGACCAAUAUUACAGGUGUAUCCAAAAACCAAACAAGGAACUCAAAACAGAAGUUUUAGUGCUUCAUGGUAUGAUCACUUUCCAUGGAUUGAGUACAGUAUCGAGAGUAAUGCAAUUUAUUGUUAUGUGUGCCGUAUAUUUGGUAAUGAGACUUCAGAGGAUACAUUUGUCAAAAUAGGAUUCAACAAUUGGAAAAAGCUUAGUGGCUCUAAAGGGAAAGGAUCAAAAUCAAAAUUACAACUUCAUGGCAGUUCUAAUCACCAUUUGGUAUGUUCAGCAAAAUGGUUUGCUCUUAAACAAACAAAAAAGUCAGGUUCUGUUCACACUAGCUUAGAAACUGCAAACCGAGAACAAAUUUCUAUAAACCGUGAAUAUUUGAAAAUAUUAAUAGAUAUUGUAUUAUAUUUAUCUAGACAAGGUCUAGCUUUCCGUGGUCAUGAUGAAAAAGAACUGUCUACUAAUCAAGAUAAUGUAAUUUCAACUAUAAGCACUGAUAUAAAGAAAUGUGGUUUUUUUUCUAUAAUGUGUGAUGAAGCCAGAAGUUUUAAAGAAGAACAAAUGGCAUUGUGCGUUCGAUAUACCAAUCAUUUUCAAAUCUUUGAACGUUUUUUGGGUUUCAUCAAUGUUUCUGAAAAUCAAAAUUCAGAAUCGUUGACAUCAGCAAUUGAAGCUAAAAGUCUAUUUAAUACUUUAGAGGCAGUAUAUGUACAUUUUGCUAUGCCUACUACCAACUAUAAAUUUCUAGAAAUUAAAAAUAAACUCAAGAUUAAGAACAAAAGUAUAACUCGAAUAAGUGACACACGUUGGUCAUGUCGUUAUCAUAAUUGUAAAGUAAUUAUGGAAAAUUAUCCUGCUCUAAUUGAAGUUCUUAAUGAAGAAAUUGAAGAUAACAAUGAUAGAGAUGUGGCACAAGCUAAAGGAAUUUUAUCAUUACUUCAGGAACCAGGAUUUGUGGUUCAUCUAUUUGUUUUGUAUGAAAUUUUACUUGUUGUAAACAUUCUGAGUAAUAGAUUACAAGAAAAAACCGCCACUCUAGGACAAGCAGCUCAAAUAAUUCAUUCUGUAAUACAAAGUCUAAAAGAUUAUCGAAAUGAUGAUAAAUUUUUGGUUAUUUGGAAUCAAAUAAAUGAAUUUGCCAAAAAGCAUCAAGUUUCGAUUGAGAAACCUACAAUUGGUCUUGGGUCGAAAAGAAGAAGAGUUGAAAGUACACGUUUGUCAAAUUUUUAUGUAACUUCUACAACUAGUGCUCAACAAGAAGUUUCUGCUCAAGUAACAAAUGAAGCAUUUUGGCGAAUCAAAUAUUAUGCUGUGCUUGAUUCUGUUAUUGAAAAUCUUAUUCGUCGUUUUCCUGAUCAAAGUUUAGAGCUUGCUCAGUCCAUCGACAAUUUUUUUCUGCUUGAUUUUAAAGAAAGCAAAUUAUUCAUUAACCAUUAUAAAGAUCUGUUUCAAAUUGAUACUGAUACAUUAAUGGCGGAAAUGACUGUUGCAAAAAAUGCUUUUCAAACUGUGUAUCAAGAUCAGGUAUUAGGUGAUCCAGAGCAAAUGAAAAGUAUCAUAAAUGAAGCUACUUUUCCAAAUCUAUACAAACUCCUUGGUGUUGCAUAUACUUUGCCAAUAAGUAGUGCAACUUGUGAAAGGUCAUUUUCUGCGAUGAGGCGAGUCAAAACAUGGUUACGGUCUACUAUGAUACAAGAACGGUUUUCAAAUUUAUCUAUCAUUCAUAUUGAGAGAGACAUAUCAAACAAUAUUAACAGUGAAGACAUUUUAAACGAUUUUUCAAGUGCUAACAAUAGAAAAAUACCGUUAAUAUAUUAA